AUGUUGAGUGAAUUGGGAAGGAGACCGAUGCUUGGAGGUAACGAAGGAUCGAUUGGGGAUGAGUUCGAGAAGGAGAUAACUGAAAUCCCAACAUUAGCCUGGGCUCUUCCCUCUCUCCAAUCAGGUUCUGGCCAAUUUGCUUUUGGCUUCUAUGAGGAAGAUGAUGGCUUUGCCAUACGCAUCUGGUUGGAAACAAUUCAGCAAAAAACAGUCGUAUGGACUGCGAACCGGGACAAACUUCCGCUUCCCAAAGAUGUCACAUUGCAUCUCACAAAUGAUGGCAGAUUUGUCUUGGAAAAAGAACAAGGCCAACAAACUGCUCUAGCUAAUCCUCUGCAGCCCGCUAACUCUGCUUCCAUGCUCGAUACCGGAAACUUUGUCCUUUACAAUUCAGACUCAGCCAUCAUAUGGCAGACUUUUGAUUCUCCAACAGACACUAUUUUACCUGGUCAACCUCUCUUCAAGGGGAACGAGCUUAUCUCCAACAUCAAUGAGACAAGUCACGCAAGUGGAAACUUUCAACUGACAAUGCAAGAGGAUGGAAACCUGGUGCAAUACCCAUCGUACAUUCCACGUAAAUCAGAGUAUGCUUACUGGGCUUCAAACACACGCUUAUCUGGAGAGUCUCUCUCUCUUGAUGGUAAUGGUCAGCUUUUCAUACUUAAUUCUGCUGGCUUCAAUAUCAAGAAUUUAACCGGCCAAGGAAACACCGCUCAUAAUUUUUCUUUAUAUCGUUUGACAUUGGAUUUUGACGGAAUAUUGCGGUUAUAUUCUCAUGGCUUGAAUCAAGAUGAUGAUGAUUGGUCAAUUGAAUGGUCCCCUUCAAGCAGUAAUUGUGAUCCGACUGGUCUCUGUGGCCUAAAUGCUUAUUGUACCGUACAGGAACAGAAAGCUGUAUGCACAUGCCUUCCUGGUUUUGAUUUCUUAGACCGAGGACAACAUAAUUUGGGCUGCAAGAGAAAUUCCGUCACAGAUGGUUGCACGAGCAAGAACGGAGAAACAGUUUAUACUCUUCAGGAAUUGGAAAGUGUUGAAUGGGAAGACAACCCCUAUUCUACUUUGUCAUUGACCAAAACUAAUUGUAGAGAGAACUGCUUGAAAGACUGCGAAUGUGUAGCCGCGCUAUUCAAAGAUGAGGAGUGCAGAAAACAGAAGUUUCCGCUAAGAUUCGGGAGAGAAGGACAAGGUAAUUCUGGUACUACCUGUUGA